AUUCAAAUUCGCGGUAACACGUGGCCCGAUAACCCUUCCAUCGCAUUUUAUCUGUGUGCCGGUUCCUGCUCGCCGGUGAUAUCCAAUUGUUGCACCGCGUAAUCGAGUUUGCGAGGAUGCCGCGCUCCAGGCGAAACUCGGACGACGAUUCGGAGUCCACAAUAGAUUGUCUUCGAUUUCCUGCUCCACAAACAGUAAACUCUCCUACGUUACGUCGUAGUAGCAGGAUAAGGCAGAAGACGCCUUCAGUCUCUCCUGAUAGCGAUGCCAUGGAUAUUGGGAUACCUGCCAAGAGAAUAACCAGGAGUACAGCUGCUACAGCUUCCAAGAACGCAACACCAACCAAGAUAAAUUCUCAAGCAAGUAAGCGCUUUGUACGAGCUGGGUCUGAGACAAAAUCAUCGCCAGCAGUCAGAAGCACACGUAGAACUACUAGAUCUAGUUCUGUCGAACCGAAAUCCUUGGCCGACCAACCGAAUACGCCAAGUAAAGUACGCAGACGGAUAUGUGUUUUGAUAGCAAACUCUCCGGUACAAGAAGAGGUUGAGAGCGCCGAUAGUCUUGAUCAAGAAAAGAAAUGUGAUCAGUCAGACAACAAAAGUGAAGUACACAAUACUAAUGUGGAUGAAACAAUGCAUGAUAAGAAAAGUUUGGCAAUUCCCAGUGAAGUCUCCAUGGAUAGUUUGACUGCUGCGGAAAGUAAAGAUCCUUCGACUGCUGGAGAAAGUAAAGAUACUUCGACUGCUGGAAUAGGAAAGGAACAGGACGAGAAGAGUGAAGCUGAAUGUGAUCUCGUUCUAGUAGACAAACAAGCAUGGUUAGCUGCGAAGAGCAUGAAAAUGGCGAUACAGGAGGAAUCGUCCGACUAUGACUCGGACGAUACCGUGAUAAAAAAGAGCAAACUGGAUGCGGCACGAGCGAAUUCCAAUAGAAACUUGAGCAUAAUAAACGAAGAAAUGUCGACGGAUGUGGAGAUGAAAGUAAUCGAAAGGGCAUCUCUGCAUAAAUCUUCGAACAGUACAUCGUUGAAGCAGGAUGACAAAAACGCGCAAGAUGUUUCCAUGGGUGAAUGCCAAGUAGACAUACCGCAUGAGGAAUCGGACACGAACGGAAUGGAAAUAUCGCAGGAGAGACGUUCCCUGAGCAAAUCACGUAACCAAGAUACAACGGAGGAGAGAUCUGAGAAGAAGAAAAAAAAGAAGAGUUUGUCAAAUAGAGAUGACAGUAAAAUAGAGGAACAAGCAUGCUUAAAUCGUUCGACAGAGAAGGAGUUAAAAGCUUUCGCCAACUUAUUGGAAAAUGUAUUUGAUGACGAAAGCAGCGACAGCGAGACCAUUAUACCAGCUAUGGAAUUAGGAUUUGAGAAUUGUUCCAUGGUCACACGAGCGGGAUCAAUUGCCAUUGAUUCGGAUGGUAGCGGAAAGCUUAACGACACGUCAACAACGUCGCAUUCUAACAUUGUGUCUAGUUUCCUAUUCGCAGAAGUGGAUAACGAUGAAGACAACGAUAAUGGCACCGAUAAGGACAGCAGUGUGAAUUCCGAUGUUAGAAAAGAAUACAAUCUGGAUGGGACGGAACAGAAAUUCGAUGAUGAUAAUGUACCCCACGAUGAAUGCAGAGCUUCAGAAUCGGAAUAUUCGGAUCCCAACGACAACGGUUCAGAUCUUAUAGAUUUUAUAGUCAACGAUGAUAAAGUGGAGAAUGAGGAAAAAGAAGAAGAAGAAGAUGAGGAGCAAGAAAAGAAUUAUGAAGAACAAGAAGAAAUGAAUGAUGAAGAUAACCAAACCGAAGAGGAAGACACUAUCUUCCUCUUGAAUUGUGAGAUUGGAGAAGAGGAGAAGAGAGUAGAUACUAAAAACAAAGACCGAGAAAAGACUAGAGCAAAGGUAAACGAAUAUACAAUGAUCGAAAAUGAGGAUGCGGAUGAUGAACAUUCUGAAGUGGAAAUACAUCCCUGUGAUAAUAUCGAUGAGAGUAGCGAUGACAACAAUCAAUUGCCAGAGAAAAUCGGCGAAAAUAAAAAGAAUGACUCCGUUGAAAUUAUUUCUUCUCGCAAUAGUGAAACGAAAAAGGAACAAAUCACCGACCCGAAGAAAUCUUGUGCGACGAAAAAUGAAGAAACCAUUCUGUUGGAUACGUCUGAUCCGAACGUAUCCGUAUUUGAUAAGAGCAAGAAAACCCACGUGGCGAAGCGUGAAGAAACCAUCUCAUUGAUUUCAUCGGAGUCACCAUCGUCGAUUAAAAGAAAAAGAAAGUCACUUUUACGAUGUUCUGGGAAGGAUGGAAGGGAACAGGAUUCGCUAAAGCUGGACGAGUCUGCGAAGAGUCGGUUUUCAAGAAAAUUAUCGAGAUUGCAUUCACCAAUGGACUGCAGUACACCAAAGCUUAAUUCUUCGAAACAACUUGAGUUUAAUAUUGAGACACCUAAAACAGUGGAAAAGACUCAGGAAAGUAAAGUUGAAUUAGAUAAAAGUCAAACUAGUACUUCAUCUAAGAAAAGCAAGUCGAAGGACUCUACUACGAAAAAGAAUACCAGUUUAACGGACACUUUCCAUCAAGAUAAGCGUUUCGUGGAAAGACCAUUAAAUAGCAGUCUCCCAUCUGAUUUAAUAGAAAUAAUAGAAAAAGCAAAUUCUUCGAAACCAACAACAGUUUCCAAAUCAGCUGAACUACGCAAAUCUAUGAGUCUUACUCAUACCGAGACGCCUAGAAUAAGACAUCUAAGAAAGGAAAAGUUAAAUGAAAGCGCACCAGCAUCAAAAUUACAUGUGGAAGCCGAUCAGUCGAAGGAAUCGAAGGACGAAUUGCUAACUACGGAAGAGAAGGAGGAUGUAGCAAAAACGAAAAUAAAGAAAAAAAGUAAGGAGAAUGUUCCUAACGUGGAUUCGUCUCGCGAUAUUACGCGAAAACGGAAAAGACAACAAGCAGAAGAAACAUUCAAGGAGAAUAUCACUGAUAAGGUUUUGUCUGAAGACACUAUGGAAUUAAAAGCUUCUCCAAAACAAAAACGUGUCAAAUUUAGUGAAUCACUAACUGUAAAAGAUGACAUCUGCAAAGGUACAUCUGAGAUCAAUGAGACAAAGAAAGAAAAGAAGACAAAGAAGAAACUAGUCAGUGUAAGUGGACAAUGUGAAAACAUAAAGGAAGCUGAGUCAUACCAAAAUGAGAAUGUUCCUAACUUGGAGCCGUCUAGCGAUAAUAUUACGCGAAAACGGAAAAGACAGAGAAAACAAGCAGAAGAAACGUUGAAGGAGAAUAUCACUGAUAAGGUUUUGUCUGAAGACACUAUGGAAUUAGAAGCUUCUCCAAAACAAAAACGUGUCAAAUUUAGUGAAUCACUAACUGUAAAAGAUGACAUCUGCAAAGGUACAUCUGAGAUCAAUGAGACAAAGAAAGAAAAGAAGAAAAAGAAGAAACUAGUCAAUGUAAGUGAACAAUGUGAAAACGUGAAGGAAACCGACACAUAUCAAAAUGAGAAUGUUCCUAACUUGGAGUCGUCUAGCGAUAAUACUGCGCGAAAACGGAAGAGACAGAGAAAGCACAAGAGACAAGCAGAAGAAACAUUGGACAAGCAUAUCAUUGAUAGAGCUUUCAAGAAGAGACGAUUUUUGUCACACGAGAGACGGCGAUUUUUCUCAUACGAGAGACCGAUGGCGUCGCCGCAGCCACACAAUUCCAAGUCGAAGAGUGCAAAGAACAUCGGUGUCCAACCAAACACUUCUGGUAGCACUACGCAGUUCAACGUGAUAAACUUACAAACACUAUAGAAGCAACCGCCAAAAUAAUCAACCGCAGUGGCCUCAUUUAGGCAGCGAAUGCUUGCCAGAAAUAAAUGAGUACCUGUUUUGAUUUAUACGAUGUACAAGCAACGGCAGAUAUGCCUCCCGUGUAUCCGUGUGACGCACACAAUGACCGACUCCGCCGCAGAUAGCACGAUCGCGAUAAAGAAUAUUUUUCAAUAUAUGUACAUAUAUUAUAUAUUCUUAUAUAUAUUAAAUAAGAAUAUAUAUAUUCUUAUAUAUAUUAAAUAUAUCAUAUAUAUAUAUUGAAAAAUGUUCUUUAUCGUGAUCGUGCUAUCUGCCGUUACUGACCCGUUACUCAUUACCGACCCUUACUGAUAGGCGAAGUCGGUCAUUGUGUGCGUCACACGGAUAUACGGAAGGCAUAUCUGCCGUUGCUUGUACCUCGAGCAGAAAACAUUAUCGCAUAAUAAUAAUGGAAAUUCUCCUAAUGCGUUUUAGCUACAUGUCUUAUGUUUGUAUGAUGUGUAUAAAAUUCACAAUGUUAUUUAUUAAAAAGUAUUUAUUAAAAACAUUAAAAA